CUUUCCUUUUGUGUCCUUCAGUACCUACUUUUUUGUCUCUGACUCUCAAGAAUGAGCUGGUAGAGCUCGGAGCUGCACUUGCACCGUUUCUCCCUUUCCAUUGCUGUCGGAUCCUCCGCUACGCGCGGUCGAGAUGGAGUGCUUCAGAGCCUCGCUGACAUCUCCAUCACCAACCCAAGCCGCGGCAUUCGAGGAGGUAACGCCGUUGCCAAGUGCGUUGUUAUUGUUACUGUUUCCAGUAACAGUGACCCCGGCCUCAGGUGCUGAUGGGAUGCUGCUGUCGUCGUGUUUGACGUGUAGUUUCAGAAAGUCGGAGCGCGCGUGCGCCUGCUCGGGUUCCCACGUCGACGCUUCCAGGCCUUGUAGGAACCCCCCCCCCCCCCGCCGCUAGAGUCGCGCAGCCAUUCCCGCAGCGCGGUUAGAUUCUCUUCGGAGGGCGAGCUGAUUUCUUGCAUGCGGUGGACUUGUGGUGGGGUGGUGUUAGUUAAGAUAAGAUAUGGAUG